AUGGAUACACAAAUUCCGCUGGCCUUCGACGCUGGAUCUCGUUCAAUACGUUUUGGGUUCUGCAAUGAUAGAACGCCAAGCUCAGAUAUACCAGCCGUGGUUGGUGACAUGUUGAAUGGUACGGAGUCGGUCGUACAUACGAAUCGUAUCGGGAAAAAUUUAAAGUAUAAAGUGGAUACCAACACUUUGUGCGUCCCGCGUGAAGGAAUGGAACUUAUAAACAUUAUGGACAAAGGCUUAAUCCAAGAUUGGGAUGCGUUUGAAAACCUUAUGGAAUAUGCCUUCUCAUCAUGCUUGUUCACCGAUCCUAAAUUUCAUCCCAUCAUAUUUACUGAAUCGCCAAUGAAUACCUACAAAAAUAGAGAAAAACUAAUGGAGUUGUUGUUUGAAAAAUUCAAUGUGCCAGCAAUGAUGCUUUGUAAGAACUCUGCAGCAGCCGCUUUUUCUUGUGGUGUCCAAACAGGUAUUGUUGUUGAUAGUGGUGCUACACAUACAACUGCCGUCCCAGUAUAUGAAGGAUAUGUGAAGACUGAUGCUAUUGUCACUUCUCCCAUGGGAGGAGAUUUCAUACUCAAUAAAUGUAAACAGCAUUUUUCUGAAAAGAAUAUUGAUGUGAUUCCCCAUUAUCUUAUUGCUAACAAACAACCGGUAAAUGCAAAAGAAAUACCAAUAUGGUCAAGGAAAAAUACAGUCCCUAAUGUAACAAAUUCUUGGCAUAACUACAUGUGCAAAUCAGUUGUUGAAGACUUUCAGCAUACCGUGUUAGAAGUAGCUGACCGUGAUGCUAUAUUAUCAAACCUUCCAACUUGUCAUUAUGAGUUUCCCAAUGGCUACAAUCAAGAAUUUGGAAGUGAAAGGUUCAAAAUACCGGAAUUCUUAUUCAAUACUAAUGAAAGUGGUGACUUAACAUCCCUGAGUGAAAUUGUCCACCUUUGUGCAGAAAUGUGUAAUAGUACAAUAAUAGAUGAAUUAUAUGCCAAUAUUAUAGUUACUGGUGGAAAUUCUUUAAUAAAAGGUUUUCCACGGAGAUUGCAUUCAGAAAUUGCUGCUAAUUUCAGAAAUACUUCCAGAGUGAAAUUGACUGCACCUAUUGAUUCAUCUAUUAGGCGAUUUGGUUCAUGGAUUGGUGGUGCAUUAUUGGCCACUACUGCUAAACUUAAUCAUUUGUGGUUCAGCAGCAAUGAUUAUUAUGAAAAUGGGGCUAGUGAAAUUAGUUUGUACCUGACUCAUUAG